AAUGGAAGUGGAGAUCACAGGAAAUGAUUUCACGUGACGAGCCGAAAAAGCUUCGCCGAACCUGGAAGCUCCAUAGUAUCAUCAAUUCCGACGUCUCCCGCUCAAAAUCUUAAGCUCACAACUCCCCCCUCGUCCCUCAAUUGAACAAUUCACAUCAUGUUCACCAACCGCGCCCUUCUCCGUGCUACGCGGGCAACCUCAUCCAUCUCCCAACGUGUCGUCGUUCCUCGAGCAUCCCUCGCACGAAACUACGCUACCGCAGCUGCUGCCGAUUCGAAACCACCGGUUGCGCUUUUCGGUCUCGAUGGAACGUAUGCUUCUGCUCUGGUGGGUGCCCUUUCUGAUGGAUUUCGAAUGUUGGGGGAGGACGGAGGAUGGCAAUUGGGCUUGCGCUCUUGGGACUCGGACGAUGACCAAUUGAUGGAGAACGGCACAACACCAGGAUGAAAGGGCUAACAUUUCACGCCUUAUAGUACACUGCAGCAGUAAAGUCAGCCUCUCUGGACUCGACCGCCAGAGCCAUCCAAACCCUCCAUGAGGUCUACGAGAAAGACGCUAAACUCGCAGACACCCUGGGCGCCCCUACUUUAACUCUUGAAGACAAAUCCGCCGUCAUCGCUGAAUUGCAGAAGCGUCUUGGAAGCCACAAGGACGAGACCGUGAAGAACUUUCUCGAGGCUUUGGCAGAGAACAACAGAUUGGCUAUCUUGAAGGGUGUUUGCGAGCAGUUCAGCGUCUUGAUGAGUGCAUCAAGGGGGGAGGUUGAGUUGACUGUUACCAGUGCUACGGUUGGUUUACCCGGCACUUGAAGAGAAAUCGGGUUUGCAUGGAAAAUAGGUUACUAACGAGGAAUUUUGAAUAGCAAUUGGACCACAAAACCCUUUCACGCCUCGAGAGCGCAGUGGCAAAGUCCCAAUACGUUGGACAGGGAAAGAAGUUGAAGGUUACGAACAAGGUAUGUGUCCUCCAAGUCUUUUUCGUAAAAUUUCCAGGAAAACCUGACAUCCCGAAAGGUUAACCCAGACAUCCUCGGAGGCCUCGUUGUGGAAAUUGGUGACCGAACAAUUGAUUUGAGCGUUUCUUCCAAGAUGGCAAAGAUGAACAAGUUGCUCACUGAUACCUUGUAA